GGCUAGACAGCCUCUUGAAGUUGUGCAAUUUAACUCAACAUGUCAGUACACGUUGACCUUCGAUCCUGCAAAAUCGUGUCAAAUUUCAUUUAUGCUGUAAACUUGCAGCCUGGCCACUGUCCUCGAGGCUUUAAUGCACCAGAAUUCGGCACUAUCCCCUCCAGGAGGUAGCGUAGAACCUUCUUCUUGACCAACAAGAUGUCUUCUCAACCAUACUUUGAGACUGUCAAAUCAUUUGCAGAUGUUCCAAUCACCGUUGAUGGAGUGGAAACGUCGGUUUUUCUGGAAGCGUCUGAAGGGCUGGGUGUACGAACUCGCUACCAGGCCGAUUCUUUUGGUUGCUCCACGCUCGAGAAUCUUGUCAGAAGCGAAGUAUCAUUAGAUGACCGACAUGGGACCGGAUGUUUGAUACGCCUGACCCGUGGUUUGACAUUCCUAUGUAGAGCUCUUCAACACAUGCAGAAUGAUCCUUGGGUGGAAUUACACGUGUGCUUCAAGCGUUCAUACGACGAAGUCUUGAGGCAGCAUCAUACGUUUUUCGUACGGUCACUUGCCGCCGUUGCUGUUCGGGCCGCACCGUAUCGCCGUGACUUCUAUAGCCGUAUAUCUCAAGGUGCGCCCAUGGAAAGACUAGACGCGGAGCUAGCGAAGUGGUUGUGUGGGCUUGAUGUAAUCGUGAAGCGUCUGAAGGGAUUCAUCGAGGGAGAAGGAUACGGAAGGAUAUGAGAAUCAUACGAAUAUGGAAUGAUAUCGAAGAAUGCACUGGAGCAAGAUUGAAUUAAGAAGGUUAGGACGCCGCUGGGUCACAUGUGCCCCUAAGAGCGAAUCUAAGCGCCUGUUGUGGGUUUGUACCUGGGUACUCGCGAAGUAUAUUUUUACUUAAUUGAAG